AUGGGCAUCUUUAAACUGUUGAUCGUGGGGGCCUCACCAAUUCGAAGUGCCAACGAGUCGCAACCAGACGACUUGAAUCGUCUUCGCAGAGCCGUUACCGAAGCGUGUCUGGGAGCCCGACCGUUUGUCUGCUACUCCUUCGACAAGCUCGGGCAAGAUUACCCAGCAUGGCUGCAAACAUCAGAUGCGCAAAAAGAAUCAAACAAGUGCUCGUCGUGUGAUGUCACACUGGGAAAGGAAUGCUACGUUGGUGAGGUGUUAAACGCCGAUCCUCCACAUGGCAAGAGGCUGAAAUGUGACGAGUGCCGCCCCCAAUUUUGCGAGGCUGAUAAAAUGCCGGCUGCGGAUUGUGUUGCGCCAGUCAAGACACCCGGUGACAAGGCAAAUCCACAACUGCAGCACGGAGGUCGGGUGAAGCGUCAGGGUUCUUCACUUCCGACUGUAUCCUAUCCACGAUGCAUCAAGACUGACGGCCUGCCGGAAGACCAGAAGGCGAUCGUAAAAGCCGACGGACUGCUCGACUGCGAGCGGAACCCUUUCUACAAGGAAUUGGGCCUCGAAUCGCUCACCGUCACCAAAUUGCCACUUUGCAGUGGCGUCGAUUCGAAUAAGAAAUUCUGUCAGUCCGUUGUUGCCACAGAGCCGACCACCAAUAUGCCAAAUACCGCCCUCACCGACGAGGGUCUGUUGCUCAUGCUGACUUCUUCGCCGCUGGCUCUUGUCGGCAUCGGUGUCGGCGCAGCCGAGCCAGGGCAGGCGGCCACCCUAAACGAUCAGACGGGCAUCCUCUACGAGAUUCCUGCUUAUGAGCCAACCAAGCCGGCAGCGAAGAAGUCUGCCCCCAACCCAACCCAACAGCCAUCCGGAAUCACGGAAUUGCCGGCACUGUUUGGGACGUUCGGCUAUCCCACGCCUGAUUAUGAAUGGGUCGAGAAUUACAAAGCAGAGGACCCGCGCGCUGCCGGCGGUGUUGAGGUCGUGGAUCAAGAGCCACUGCCAGAAGCCGAGCUCCGAACUUUCGUGACGUCGCUGCACGGGAGCGUGACGCCAUCACGGAACCCCGGGGGCGCCGAGCCCAACGAGUCGCAAAAGACCAUGGUUGAGGAGGCCAAGGUGAGCCAAAAGGAAAUGGACGACGCCAUGGCCCUCGUGCCGUCGGCCCUCGAGCGACUGUUCGACUACCGAAAAGCAGCUGCCGGGGAACAAGCCGAGUUCACCGUCAAGGAGGUGCUGACCUUGCUCAUCGGAUUCGCCGGCGUGCAACUCAAAGAAAAGACAUUGAUCGCCAAAAUCGACGGCCAAACGACGAUGGUUGGCGACAUACAUGGACAGUGGGACACCCUGCAGCGGGUCGUCUCAGCCGCUGCCCACCGACGGGAACACAGGGAUCCGGCUCUCUCCACGGGAGGCGGAAAGAUACUGUUCCUGGGUGACAUCGUCGACCGAGACGUGUUCUGUAUGGAGUGCAUGCUGAUGAUUAUGGUGAUGAAGAUCACGUAUCCAGAUAAGGUGUUCCUCCUUCGCGGGAAUCACGAAACGGCGCACAUCAACCGGCAAUACGGCUUUUUCGAUGAGCUAGUGGGCAGAUAUCCGCUAGCGGACGCCAAAUUGCUGUGGACGGCCUUCAACCGGGUCUUCAAUUUGCUGCCCCUGUGCGCGUUGGUCGGCGGCGAACGCCGUGGUCUCUUUGUGGUGCACGCUGGAUUUGGUCCAAAAUUCGAAAAGGAGGGCCUGGACGCGCUCAAAGAUGUGCCAUACCCGCUCAGCGAGACCGAAGCCUGGCCGCAGGUUAUGGACAUGAUCUGGUCGGAUCCCGAGCCGCUGGCCGAUCAACCCGAG